AUGGUGGUUGUGAUGAUAUAUGCAUCAAUACCCCUGGAUUGUUUUCCUGCUCAUGUUCCUCGGGCUAUAUGCUGCAUAUGGAUGGACGUUCCUGUACUGAUGUUGAUGAGUGUAAAAGAGAAUCCCAAGAUUUGCAAUGGAGGAGUGUGCUCAAAUACCCCAGGUGCUUAUGUGUGUACCUGUGACGGCGGUCUUAUUCCUGAUUCUGAUGGUCCAGGUUGUCUUGAUGUUGAUGAGUGCGAUAUGAAUCCUAACCUGUGUCAGAACGGGAAAUGCGACAAUGUUGCUGGCUCGUUUGCAUGCCGUUGUGAAGAUGGUUAUAGUGUGAAGUCGGAGUUGGGGCCUGGCUGUACUGACGAUGAUGAGUGCACAAUGGGUAGUUUCCAUUGUGAUCAGAAUGCAGAAUGUAUUAAUGUAGAUGGAACAUAUGAUUGCCGCUGCCAAGAUGGUUUUACAGGCAAUGGUAAAACUUGUCGAGAUGUCAAUGAAUGCCUCACCAACAAUGGUGGAUGUGACCGUGAUGCACAGUGUAUCAACACUGAUGGAUCCUUCAAGUGUGUCUGUGAUGCUGGCUUCAUAGGAGAUGGAUUCUUCUGUGAAGACAUAGAUGAAUGCACUCAAGAUCCUACAUUAUGUGAAAAUGGACAGUGCCUCAACUAUCCUGGAUCAUUCCAGUGUGACUGUGAAAUGGGUUUCAUGCACCCAGAUCAACACACAAAGCAGUCUUGUGUGGAUAUUGAUGAAUGCGAUAUGUUCAGCAAUCUGUGUGUAUACGGACAAUGCGAGAAUAUUUAUGGCAUGUUCCGUUGCAUAUGUGAUGAAGGCUAUCACUUAGAUGAAACUGGAGGAAACUGUACUGAUAUUGAUGAAUGUGACAACCCAGAUGUAUGUCAGUUUGGUACCUGCAUCAAUCAACAAGGCACCCAUGUUUGUGAAUGUCCACCAAAUUAUGAACUGAUAAGCACAGGAGAUGGUUGUGUUGAUCGACGUGAGGGUGAAUGUUACCUGGAUGUUGUAAAUGUUCGAGGUGGUCGUGGUAUAUGCCGUGAACCCUUAGGAGACCCAGUAACCAGAGCCACCUGCUGUUGCUCAGCUGGCAAAGCAUGGGGUCCACUGUGUGAAGUUUGUCCACCACAAGAUUCUGAUGAAUACAAGCAGCUAUGUCCAGGAGGACCAGGAUUUAGGCCUAAUAGUAUCACAGUCAUCUUGGAAGAUAUUGAUGAAUGUGCUGAAAUGGAGAACCUGUGUGGGAAUGGCCGAUGCUCUAAUACAUUUGGUGGAUUCAUGUGUUCCUGUGCUAGAGGGUACACCUUGAACAGCGGAGGCACUCUAUGUGUAGAUAUUAAUGAAUGUGCUGACCAUAGAAAGUGUAAAAAUGGUCAGUGCAUUAACACAAUUGGAGGAUUUGAGUGUGAGUGCCCUCCAGAUUUCAGUUUACUACCCAAUAGGGCAGAGUGUGUGGAUAUGAGAGUUGGAACGUGCUUCACAAAAUAUGAAGAUGGAGUAUGUUCCCUUCCAAUGAGAAUGGAUAUCACAAGGAUGAAGUGCUGCUGCUCCCAAGGGAAAGCAUGGGGUGCUAACUGUGAACCAUGUCCUAGGGAAACCACAAGCGAAUAUGUGGAACUGUGCUACUCUGGUAUGGUAAGCCCAGGUUUACCUGGAGAGGGGAGGGUUGGACCUCAUCCUGGAGAAGACGGUUAUAGGCCUAGACCUGGAGAUCCUGGUUAUAGGCCUAGACCUGGAGAACCUGGAUAUGAUCCUGACAGAGAUGGAGAAGAUAGAUAUGGAUCACGUGACAGAGAUAGAGAUGGCAGAUUUGGAAAUGGAAGUGACAGAAAUGGCGGAUUUGGAUCACGUGAUAGAGAUGGAGAUGGCGGAUUUGGACGUGAAGAUGAUAGAUAUGGACCAUCAGACAGAGAUAGAGAUGACACAUUUAGGCCUGGAAUUGGUCAACCAGGCAAGGUUUAUAAUCCUCGAACGGAUAUUGAUGAGUGUGAAGAACUGACUCCAUGUCAAGGAUUAGCCAAGUGUGAGAACACCUUGGGAAGCUACCGAUGCUCUUGUCCAACAGGUUACAAGAUCAACAGGCUUACUAAUGAUUGUGUUGAUAUCAAUGAAUGUGAGCAAGGAGGUGUAUGCCAACAUGGUGUCUGCAAUAAUUUCCAGGGAAGCUUCCAGUGCAUUUGUGACUCAGGAUAUGUAUUGACAGCAGACCGUUCCUCUUGCAUUGAUCUUGAUGAGUGUGUUCGUUCACCAAACAUCUGCAACAAUGGAACAUGUAUCAACUCUAUGGGUUCUUUCCGUUGCCAGUGUCACAGAGGUUUUAAAAUUGGACCCAAUCAUGACUGCAUUGAAGGAUCUUCACUUGUGAAGUGUGCUGAUGGCCUAUACAUUGACAACCGUGAUGAGAGCAGUGCCCGUAGUGAUGUGAAUGCCCAUUUCCAUGACGCUGUCAGAACCUCAUGGGCUCGUUUUGUCUGUGAGUGUCCAGAUGGGCUACAGUCUCACAUCAGUGGCAUGGCAUGUGUUGAUUAUCAUACAACUUUUGAUACGGAGUUCUUAGCAAAUGAAAGAGAACGCUGGUCCCUCAGGCCAGUUUUUCUUUACAUGCUACUCCUUUUUGGAAAAAUAAUUCUUCAUGAACCUGAGUCCUUAAUGGGUUCAAAGUCCCUUAAAUUUGGCACAUGGCCACAUAUUGAACUGUUUCCAGCUUAUCUUUUACCUCCUUAUAUUGUAACUGAGUUAUCUCUUCACCUAUGCUUUGAGGCUUUUAACCCGAUGGACCAAGUUGUGUUUGAUCACGACAAGAACAGUCUAUCAGAGAUACCCAACCAGGGAGUGCCUGUUGCUCAGGGGUGGCUGCCUGGGUUAUUGGUGGGUGAACGCCUGCCCGCCUCGUUAGAUCAACCUGAAUUCGAGAAGCUGUGUCCCUCAGGGCUCGGCCGCUCUGAGUCAGGGGCUGAUCUUAAUGAGUGUGAGAUCAUGCCAGGCUCAUGUGAAGGUGGAGACUGUGUCAACACUGAUGGGUCUUUCCGCUGUGAAUGUCCAAUGGGCUAUGUGCUUGACAGCUCUGGUCGACGGUGCAUAGAUGACAAUGAGUGUGCUGUGUCCAAUAUCUGUGGAAAUGGAACAUGCAGCAAUGUGGAAGGUGGAUUUGAAUGUUCGUGCCAGGAUGGUUUUGCUCCAGGACCCAUGCAGUCCUGCGAAGAUGUGGAUGAAUGUGAAGAGCUUGGUCACCAAUGUGCCUUCCGUUGCCACAAUAUGGCAGGUGCCUUUAGGUGCAUUUGUCCAUAUGGGUACACUCUUGCUCCUGAUGGCAGGCAUUGCCAAGAUGUUGAUGAGUGUUCUACUCCUGCAAACAACUGUCGGUUCCUGUGCAAGAAUUUGAUAGGAACAUUUAUGUGUAUUUGUCCUGAGGGAUAUCAACAAGUGGGAUGA